AUGGAAGGAAAGAUCAAGGCUGUCAAGGAAGAGAUCAACAAUUUAGACAAAAUAGCAGAAUCUAAAGUUGUAUCGGCAUUUGAGGCGAACAGGAGAAGAGAGUUAUCAGCUGGAAUGCACAAACUAUUGAACCUCAACUGUAGUAUUCAAUGGAAGAAAUCGCGUGUGAAAUGGUUGAAAGAAGACAUAAACUCCAAAUACUUUCAUGGAUGUAUUAACAAUAGGAGGAAAAAUAAUGAGAUUAUGUCAUUAAAGAUCAAUGGCAGAGUAGUGAAAAAAGAUAAAGAGAUCAAAAGAAAAGUUCAUGAAUAG